CUGACGCACGGCGCAGGCGCAGAGUCGGGCUCGGUGAUCGGAUCCGCGCUUGUCGGCCAAGAGGAUAAAGUUUUAUUUUGGAACAAAAUCGCGGAUGAAAAGAUGUCGGGACGAUCGGUGAGAGCGGAGACACGCAGCCGGGCCAAAGAUGAUAUCAAAAAGGUGAUGGCAGCGAUCGAGAAGGUCCGAAAAUGGGAGAAGAAAUGGGUGACGGUGGGUGACACAUCGUUGCGGAUCUUUAAAUGGGUACCAGUGACUGACCCCAAAGAGGACAUCCGAGCUCCUCGCAUGGCUCAAUUGGACAAAUCAAAAUCAAAGAACAGUCUUGAAACAAAAGGUACAAAGGGAGACAAAGGCUUCCCACUGCUGCCUGUGUCUGAUAACAGCUCCUCUCCCAUUCUUCUGGAGCUGAAUGAUGAGACUAGUAAUCAGAGCUCCCUGUCAGAUGCCUACCAGGUAAAAGUGGACAGCAGUACAAACUCAAGCCCCAGCCCGGAGCAAAGUGAACCUGUCAGCCCAACACUUCUGUCUGAUUUUAAAGCGGAUGAUUCACAGCCUCCCAUGCUUGGGCAGGAAAGCAUGGAAGAACCUUCCCUUCCUUCCUCAGAAGUAGGAGAUGACCCUCCAAUGCUCACAAAGGAGGAGCUGGUUCCCUUGCAGCCUCAGGUUGUGGAAGAGGAGGACGAUGAAGAUUCAGGGGCACCACCAUUGAAGAGGGUUUGCACUGGACAGAAUGCUGUGACCCAGCCAGUAACUCAGAGCUAACCCAGAAUCUCAACUUGGCUCUAUUCCAUGGAUGAUGUCCCUUUUGUUGGGUGUGGUCCAUGGCUCCACUGGGUCUUCCUAGUUGAAGACACUUUUAUAUUGAUAGUGUCAAAAGCAGUACUCUAAUAGAAAGGAAACGCCCUGCUCGCCUCUUAAUUGUAUCCAACAUUUGGGUUUGAUGGGUCUUAAGAAUACCUAUUGGAAGCAAGAAAAUGGGCCUCCUUCUUAUUGAUCCUCCACAGGAACCGGCUGCACACUGCUACAAUACAAAAGGUGGAGUGGAGACUUGAGGGCUGCUAUUAUGGAGCCCUAGCAUCAAUAUGAAAGUGCCUUGACACUGAAGUGCCUCCAAGUCUUAAUGAAGGUUAAGUGAGCUGACUGAAGACAGAUUUAUAUUGAUGUUGAUUCUUGACUACAUCCCUACACCCUGAAAUCCUAUCCACGAUGUAAAGUUGGAAUUUGUCAUCUUCAGCCAAGGAAGGCACGAAGGAUGCAGUUUAAAAAAAAUAUUGUUGAAGCUGUCUGUAAAUACUUAGUACAUAAGAACUAGGAGCAGUAGGCAUUCAGCCCCUUAAGCCUGCUUUGCCAUUCAAUAAGAUCAUGGCUGAUCUGAUCUUGGUCUCAACUCCACUUUCCUGCCUGUUCCCAUAACCUUGACU